UGACAAAGAGACAAAAACAGAGACUUGAGCAAACGUUAAAUAACAUUUAAGAGUCUGUAAUCAGAUGUUUUUUAUGUAUUAUUUGAUCACAAAAUCUGUGAUCUGUGGUUCAAAAUCUGUGGGUUUUUUCAGUCCACACGACAUUAAUUUGUAAUGUCCAUAACAUCUCACCCUGUAAUUGAUCAAAACAUAAUUUUAAAAGCAUCUUAAAUACAUAAAACCUAUAACUUUUAAAACCGUUGCUGUACAAACGUUUCUGAACGCUCCGCUCUUGAACGCCUCCCUCGACGUAUGGCAGAGGUGAGUUAUCUCAUGACGUUUGGUUUGUUGACAUCUAGCAACCUUUAAUAACCAAAAACUAGCUGCUCUCUGUUUUAUAUGGAUUAAAAUUAUCGCCGAACUAUCUUUUAUAGGAGACGUGUAAUACAAACGCAUGUCGUUCCGCUUGUUCAAUAACAUACAUUCAUUUAAGGAAGGAGUUGUAUUUUAAUCGCUCGAAAUACAGGUAGAGCCUGGUUCAAUGAGAGUUUAAGGAUGAAGAUCGCAGUGCUGGGAGCCACUGGGCAGACUGGACAGUUUCUGGUCAACCAGGCGCUGCAGCAGGGUCACGUGGUCACCGCCAUCGUCAGGAACCCGGGGAAACUCGGCGUGCAUCAUGACAACCUCAAGGUGGUGGAAGCUGAUAUUUUCUCAGCAGACAGUCUGAAGUCUCACUUUAAAGGACAGGAUGUGAUCAUGUCCUGCCUCGGAUUCCCCGUCACCUUCUUCUCCACCGUGACGGGCUACAGCACGUCCAUGAGCAGUAUGAUCAGCGCCAUGCGAGAGGCGCGGGUCAACAAGAUCAUCACCAUGACCUCCUGGUACACCGAGCCUAACUCUGGAACGCAGUCGUCGUAUCUGAUCCGGUUCCUCCUGCUGCCGAUGAUCCGAGGCAUCCUCUCCAACAUGUACGAGAUGGAGCAGUUUCUGCAGAAGACCGAGGACAUCAACUGGACCGUGGUCCGCCCACCUGGCCUCAAGAACCUGCCGGCCUCAGCUGAAGAGAUUCAUACCCAUGAGGGAUACUUUGUGCCCGACGGCAGCGGUAACCCUGCAGGCAGCGCCAUUGGAAGAGGAGACGUCGCUCGCUUCAUGCUCUCGCUCCUAAACAGCAACGCCUGGGUCAAGAAGGGAGUAGCCAUCACUACCAAGUGAGAAAGAAGAAGCCAAAUUCGCCAUUAAUACACAGCCGAUGCAAACAAAUUAUAUUUACUCGCCAAACUCUGGUGGUGUCUUGCCAUUUUUCUGUCUUUUCUUAAAUCGUCUCUUUGUGUGAUAUCAGCCUUUGACAAUGGAGAAAUGGAAGUUUUUGUUUUGGAUUUACAGUCCACAACUUGUCCACAGCUGCUUUUAGUCACCUAUCUUUUAUAAAUCCACAACAUACCCUGCAACAAUAAGCAGAAGUUGGUAGAGAGCAUGAAGAGUGAAUAUUAGUGGACUUAAAUUCAUCAUUAUAUCAGAAACAUGGUUAGACACCACAAGAGCUACGGAAGGAAAAGUCUUCUUUUUUUAAAAACUGAAUUUAGCUAAAUGUGGCCUUGUAUAACCUAACCUGUUAAAUGAAUGUCUUUUUAUUUACUCUUAUUAAACAAUCUUUAUCAAUCAGUUUACCAUUUAAUUAAGUUUGUACCACAUACUUUACUCAUGAGGGUUCAGUGCAUGCCACAUGUAGUUGAAGUACAUGAUUUUAGCCACAUGAGGGCAGCGUUGUACCAACAAAACACCCAUCUGCCUUUUUCUUCACUUUACUACAGCUUCUGAUUGCACCAUGUAUUCACAUGAGUACUUCAUAUUCAGAUAUGUACUGUAUCAGUUCUGUAAAAUAAGCAUGCAGUGAUUAAAUUAAUGAAGGAUAAUUUGUGUUGCAAGUGCAUUUAUUAACAGAUCCAACAAGUAUGGUGACCAGAUACAGACCAACCAAAUGUAGGGUAAAGUUGAGUGGUUUCAAUUUCAACACUUUUUCUUUGCAAUCUCCGACCUGUGAGAUUGGGAAAUUUUGGCAUAGCUUAGCGCAAAGAAUGGAAGCUGUUACCAUAUCUGUCUGGCGAUCAUCUUUGGGUUUUAGUAGGAAUGCAUACAUACAUUGACAAAUUAUUUCACGAAAAAACCCUCUCUGACAAUCAUCCCAGUCAAUCGGACAAUCAGUG